AUGUCAGCCGCGGCACAACGGGGGACGCUGGCACCACUUCCGGACUAUCACCGCCGUGGACUAAUCGUACUCACUAUCUUCUCGUUCCUCUCAGCCAUAGCCACAACGGGACUCUGGCUCUUCAUCACAUACAAGUUACUGGCAUACCGGAAAACUCGCCCGGCCCCCAGGCAACGAAGUACACGACCACAAGAUGCCGAUGUUACCGAUCUACCGGACCUCUCUCUAGGGCUAGAUGCUCCUUGCCCGGGCAGUAGCGGAUUUGCCCGGAUUGAGGAGCUCGAUAGACUAGCAACGUCACAGGAGCAAGCGAUAGAGGCUGCUAGUGCUCCCGAGAAUCGAGAAGAGCAAGAGGUUGAGGAAGCUCGUAAUCCUUUCCCCAUUCUCAUUUAUAACCUCCUGCUAGCAGACAUGAUGGAGGCUGUUGCCUACGCACUCAGUAUAUCCUGGGUCUCAGCUGACGGCAUCUUUGCACCUUCAUCAGUCUGCUGGGCUCAGGGCUGGCUGGGGUCGACCAGUAACUUGGCAGCAAGCCUAUUCCUGGCGGUUAUUUCGAUUAACACCUUUUUGACAGUAGGCUUGGGUUAUAAGCCACCACCGUGGACCAUCUAUACUUCGAUAGGGUUCCUCUGGAUAUUCGACUUUAGUAUCAACGGAGCAGGCGUAAUAUUUUCGGAGAUCCACCCAGCAGUACCUCAGGAGUCUUUCUUCAUGAGGGCCAAUGUCUGGUGUUGGAUUUCUACAUCGUAUGAAUCGUGGCGGUUUUGGGCUCACUAUUUCUGGGUCAUCGUCUCCAUCACCCUCACACUGAGCCUCUAUUCCUUCGUCUUCUUUACUCUAUGGCGUCAAAAACGAAGUUGUCGUCACCUGCCGGAAAAGAGAGCGUCACAAAGCGAAGCUUCUGAAUCAGGGUUCGAACCCGGUCAUAGCCCGGAAGUUCGACGGCCCUCAGGCUACCACCCAGCCUUUCUUGCGUACCCUUUCGUAUACGUCGCUUGCAGCACGCCUUUAAUCAUCGGCCGCAUUACUUCUCUACUGGGCAUUGACCUUGGAAUAUUAUACUUUGCUUUCGCGGGGUCCAUCUUGGCCGCAAACGGGCUCUUCAACUCAAUACUAUGGAUAACAACCAUUGUGUUUAGCGAGCCACAAGACGCACAUAAUACGGGCUUGGACCAGUUCGCCUUUGUCAGAACACCAAUACGAGAUUAUGGACACACUGUAAUCAUCAGUGGUCCUGUUAGUAGAAGAGUGCCUGAGCCAAGUAUUGUUCCCAGCGGCGGUCGCAAGGAAUGGUGGUGGUGGAAACAUGGCGGGCAGAGAGGCUGGGGAAGAUCGUACGCCAACAUGCACGAGACGCCUAGAGUGAGCGCGGUUGAAGUGCACGAUCAUACAUUACCAGUCAUUGUGGAAGGUCCGUAUAUCCAGAUGGACAUCGUCACAGCCGUUACCGUUGAGCAUGCGGAGAUCCAACCGAUACCCCCGGGGAGGCCUCAAGAGACCUGCCCACCAAAAUAG